UGUCUUCAUACUCAACGCUCGAUGGAUAGCUGCUCAGAGAGCAGUCCUGUCGGCUUGGGUCACCUUUGUGGCAGCCGUACACUCAGGAAACCCACGGACGAAGCAACAGCAAACAAGCAUAUGAGCCGCCGACUGCGUCUGCUCGAGCUCACGCUCGGACGGCUGGAUUGAGACGUGCAAGUAGAUAAAAGUAAGCAGAGGGCAUACAGCAGCGGUGUCCCAUCCGACCCUAGCUAGCAAUACUAGCUGCGCGGAAGACUUUGGCCUCGCAAGAUUUCCUGGCCAAUCUCGAGCGCUCGGCGUUCGGCGAUCUUCGGGAUUUGCCAACACCGAUCGCUUGGGACAGCCAGGCGCAAAUAUCAACGCCUCAGUUUGGUGACUCAGGGCUCAGUUCGGCUCAGAUGUAUCACUAGUCUCUCGAACGUAGCAUUCUGCAGCACAAGCGCGCGAGGGCAAUCCCGCUUCGGUCUGCAGCCACGCAAUGCUGUCAAUACGCAGAAGGCUCGCCUCGUUCGCGUUAGCUAUCGUCAGUGUGGGGUUAUUGGUGUUCCAUAGCAAGGAUGAUGGAGCCUCGGGGCGUAGCUUGGCGAGCAUUCAGAAAAUUACUGAAGGCUUGACUGGCCUUGUCAGGCCGACGCCAAUCGUGCCUGAGCAUCAGGAUUGGGUCGUAGCAAAGUCACUCUUUCCGCUACCCGCGAGCACGGCACCACAAGAAGCCGAAUGGGAGAUUGAACGCAGAGAAGCCUUGGCGCAAGUGCUCUAUUGCUCGAGGCGCUCGUGCCCUCGCAAGUACCGGUCAGCAGUUCUUUGCGCCGCUGGGAGGUUCAGGUGGGCGCUAGACGGGACCUUUGAGCGACCGUCUGCUUUUGCAAAUGGCGAAGCGAUCCUCGCAAAGUCGUUCAUGUGGGCGCUCAAGAGUCUUGGCUACCCUUUCAUUUAUAUAGACGAGUCACACAAGCGAUCACGCAAGGAUGCCGUGCAAUUGACAGCAAAAAUAUAUCGACUGUUUCCAGACAGCGUAAAACUUGUCAUCUACGAUUAUCUGGGCGAGCCAGAUUGCCUGGCCGACGCAGAUUGCUUCUACAAUGUGGACACGAAUCCUAGCGGGAUGCCGCUCUGGAAGAUGUUCAUCUGGGAUGCUAUGGGAGGCUUUGCACCUUACGAGUUGCCUUAUCGUGGACCGUGGCACCUGUCAGGCAUACCUGUUCCACCGGCUACAUUCUUGGGUAUCACGCUUGAAGAUGACUGCAAGCAACUCCCCUUUGUGCCACAGACUAAGCGAAGCCAUCAGGCUUAUGUUCUCGGCAAAUCUCAGCGAUAUUUCAAUGCGACCAGGACGGCCUGGACGGCGGAUGACUUUGCCGCGCUGAAGAAAGAGACGGGACUGAGCCUCAUCAGCGGCGUCAAAGUGGACGGCAGAGAAGACAAGACCGAAUUACCGAGCGCUAUCGAUAAUAUGGGUGUCUCUACACGAACAGAAUUUCUCGAGAGAAUAUCAAUGUCCAAAGUCAUGAUCGGUAUCGGUGGGCCUACAGAGUCGCCUUCGCCCUUUGAAGCGCUCUGCAUGGGCGCAUCUUUCAUCAAUCCUGGUCGGCCACGCUUCAAUGCCUCGUGGUAUCAGUUCGAGCAGGGCGAGGAUCAGCGAGGCUGGUCCGCGCAGCAUUCACUCUUGCUUCAGUUUGGCGAGCCAUAUGUCUAUAACAUCCUUCGCGGGAAUCGCACACAGCUCAUCAGCGCUGUGCAGCGCUCGCUAGCUCGUCCCCUCACUUCACCCUUUCUGCCUCCCAUGCUCACCAACGCAGGCGUAUUGGCUCGAGUCAUCGAGGUGAUGGAAACAGAUUGGCAAAGGCGGCACAUUGUCGAAGACGCCAAAUAUCAAGCAGAGCAGCUCGUCUUUUCGGCUCAAGUCUGAAGUGCUCAGGCUGGUCCGUUCAGCGUUUCCUUCCCAACGCUGGCUAUGUUGGAACUCGCGCGCAUGCAUAGAAUUAUAGCCUCACCGCUGGCUUCUUGUACCGUACACCCGUGAAGGCUUGGCACCCGCAUAACGCUAUGAAGACAGCAUAGACGAUGGCUGCGCUGUAGCAUGUCUGAGCGACCGCGUGUCCGUCUUUCGGGUCUUCAGAGUGGCCCAUCAAGACUUCGACCUGUGCCAUGACGACCAUUAGCCAUCCGUGUAGGCUGAAGCGGCCUACGUGCGCACAUUGGCAUCAAAGGCUGCUCCCAAGACCAGCAAGAUCGCGACGCCGAAGCAUGACAGUACCGCUGCGACUUAGCGUCAGUGGCCGACCUCCUGCGUGAGAGACUGUGACGCACUGCAGCAGGUCGCUAGCGGCACGGGUAUGACCGCUACUCGACUCAUC